CAGCGCUCAGUUCCACGGGAGCCACAAAGCAGACUGGGUAAGACACUGACUGUCUGGGCCUGGGACAGGAGGGGCAGUGAUGGGACAGUGUCCAGGAGAAGUCCCACCGUGGACCCACAGUGACAGCAGAGGGCCUUCAGGAAGAGAUAUGGAAAACUGAGGUAGGGUGGAAGUAGUCACUUCUCUUCUGUCCUCACAGGAAACAUGGGUCUGAAGCUGCUUGAAUCCAGACUUUGUCUCCUGCUGCUGCUGGGACUUGUCCUAACGCUUGUCUCAUGCCAGCGACCAACCCCUUCCCAGAAGUUUGACAUCCAGCAUAUCUAUAAGAAAUCCUCUCCCAAAUGUGAUGAUGCAAUGCGGGUCGUUAACAAGUAUACAGGAAAAUGUAAGGACUUGAAUACUUUUCUUCAUACAACUUUUGCUGAUGUUGUCCGUGUGUGUCACAAUCCACCCAAGACUUGCAAAGACGGGACAAGUCCAAAUUGUCAUGAUAGUUCAUCUAAGGUAUCUGUAACUAUCUGUAAACUCACAAAACGGGCAAGGAAUUAUACCCACUGCAGAUACAAAACAACAGGAGCAAAGAAGUCCUACACAGUUGCCUGUAACCCCAGAACUCCAAAGGACCGUCCCACCUAUCCAGUAGUUCCGGUUCACUUGGAUCGGCUAUUUUAGCUCCAGUGCCAGCACUUUGUACCUUCCCUCAUCUGCUACUGCCGAGAUCAUAGUAGUGAAGAACGAAUUCCUCUGUCUGCGCUGCAU